UAAUGGCAGACAUCAGGGAGACUGACGAUCCAAACAUAUGAUCAGUUUGUUUUCACGGAUUUCCAGGAUGAGUACUUCCCCGUAUUUCACCUCAAAAGGAAGACAAACACGCUCGGCGGCUAGAGAAGCAAUCGCAGCUUUGUCAACGAACCAAAAGGAACCAAGAAGGCACAUCAAAAUCGAAUACGAGAAGCGACAUGAAGAAGACUCGUCAAGGGACGACAAGAAAACUGAAGAUGUUGCGGCCAAAAAGCGUAAAAAAGACACAUCCACAGUACAGACACAAGGUUCAACUUGGCAGCCUCUGAACUGGAGAGAGCAGCUUGUUCAUAUUCGUGAAAUGAGAAAAACACGCGAUGCCCCAGUUGAUUCACAAGGAUGCGAGAAGACAGCUGAUGAGAGCCAGUCACCAGAGGUGAGAGGAGAUAAAAUUGGCGAUCCAGUGGGGUGGGGUAAGGGAAGAUCCGACACAGUGGUCUCCUCGGAGACAACUAAGCUGAUUUAUGAGAAGUAGAAACUUUUUGUUUGGUCAGUGUCAACACAUUCAUUUACCCUCAGCAAUUGAGUGCAUCCCACUUUUCAUUUGAUUUAUUGACCAUAUAAAUUAUGACAAAUAGUUCAACAGCCAUAUGUUUAACCCUUAACACCCCAACAUUAUAGUAUGCAUAUUCUUCAUACAGUUCUCCCCACAUAUCCUAAGGUAAUGACAAGGAGAAUUUGUAUAACAAUCAAGAGCUUUUUUGCUUAGUGAUCUUUCCUUUUUUUCUUGUGACCUUACUGUGUGAUUCAGGGGUGAUAGGGUAAUGAGAAAUUAGAUGUUAGUCACCCUUAGGUGUCAAAGGGUUAAGGAAUAAGAACCUGGACAACUGGGCCAGUCUAUUUUCAGAGAUCUUGCCUUACUGAUGUUUAUUUCGUCAAAUUUUUUGUGAUGAUUUUGGUUUGUUUUUUCUUACUUGCAACAAUAGAGAUCUUCAGGUAUAAGCUACUGGGAUAAAAAUUGUAAGGAUACACCCUCAUCCUGGCAACCAUUCUUAAAUUUCUUAUUUAACCCUUUAAACCCUAAGGAUGAGUAACAUCUUAUUUCUCCCUACAAUAUCACUCUUGAAUCACAUAUUAAGGUCAUGAGAAUUAAGGAAAUGGUCAUCAGGAUAGAAACCUUUCAAUUGGCAAACAAAUUCUCCUUGUCAGCACCUUAGAAAAUGUAUAAAGAACAGUGUGGAGAAUAUGCAUACUGAUGUUAGGGUGUAAAGGGUUAAAGAGUAGCCAGUCAGAAAUCUUACCUUGCAUAUAGGGUUGAAAUUUCCCUUCUAAUCAGAAAACAAAGUCUGCUGAUUAAGCUUGCCAUGUCAUCAGACUCAACUGAAGAGUUUGUUCAGUAUAAUUCUGCCAUUGUCCUAUCACAAACAAUGAAUACUAAUCGACUAUGCUGCAUACCAUCUGGAAUUUACGAGGAGAAUUUAUUUGACAGUCAGGAACUUCUAGAAUUGGACAUCAUUUGCUUUAUUUUCAUGAUUUUAAGUAUUUGAUGCAAGGGUGAAACUGUUAGGAGAAAUUAGAAGCCAGUCACUCUUAGGGGAUAGAAGGUUGACAGUUCAGUAUCAAUGGUUCAUCUCUCCUCACUAUUGCAGACAGUCCGAUAUCAAGUACUUAUCUCCCUCAUGCUGUCAAGUCAAACAAAAGACCAAGUUACUUUUGCUGCGAUGGAAAAGUUAAAGGCUUAUGGGUUAACAAUAGAGAACAUUCUCACAACAUCAACAAGCAAAAUUGGUGAACUUAUCUACCCUGUUGGCUUCUGGAAGGUGAGUAAAUUUUUAUGUUAGAUAGAACCUUGAUUUUGACACAAAUUACUCACUAGAAAAGUAACUUGCAGAAUAGUCUGAUGGCCUUCUGUUCCCUUAUCAAAUAAGAGUUUUGAACAUUUUUUAAAAACUUACUAGUAGGGCUUUUUAGAGUAACUACUGAUAAUGAUAUUUUCAUCAUCAGUCGUGUUAAACAGGGUUCAGGGGGAUCUUAUAUUAGCAUGUUACUGAAACAAGGGGGCUAUACCAAGUUGUUUUAUUAUUUGCACUUUUCACUUUUUAGCUUACAAAGAGGGGUAGAUUGGUUGAUAUCCUCCAUAGAACCCUCUGAGUCCCCUCCCUUCCUCCCUCCCUCCCCCCUUAUUACAAAAACCACUUGGAGAAGUCUAAAAUUAGAAAAGGAAACAACAAUAAUGGUUCUAAAAUCUAUGACACUGAACUCCCUUUUUAACUUGUAACCCUUUUAACUCCCAGAGGUUAUCAAUAUGAAACUUCUCCCAAUAAUAUCCUCACAUUAUCCAGCAAAAAACUAAUGAGAAUAUUCACAUUUAUCAGGUAGAAAUUGUUGUCUUGAUCUCACAAUAACUUCUUGUAACUAAUUUACAAGGACAUGUGUAACAGCUAGAGGGGACAAUUAGCAAUCAGAUCUUGGGAGUUAAAGGGUUAAGCCUAUCCUACCAAUGUGAAGUAUGGCCGGGUACAACCUAAAGUAUUUCUCAGGUUAUUUAUCAUUAUUAUGCUAUGAUUGUAGAAAAAAGCCGAGUACAUCAAGAAUGCCACUAAAAUUUGUGCUGAGAAUUACAAUGGAGACAUUCCACCAACAGUAGAAGAGCUGGUCAAACUUCCAGGUGUGGGCCCAAAAAUGGCGCACAUCACCAUGAAUGUGGCUUGGGGACAAGUGACUGGAAUUGGAGUUGAUACUCAUGUUCAUAGAAUUUCUAACAGACUGGGAUGGGUCAAAAAACUGACUAAACUGCCAGAGGAAACUAGAAUUGCUGUAGAAAGCUGGCUUCCAAGGUAAAAGUGAUUUUGAAUGACAGCAAGUUAUGCAAAUACUCUUCACUAGUGCAAGUGCAAGUUCCGCACAACUUUUACAAAUAUUUUGAGAUAAACAGGCUUUUGUUUCUUCCUGACUUUCAAAGAGCAGAAUGGAAAAAGGAAAACUUUAAGGACUUUCAGACCUAGAUUCAAGGUUCUCUAGAUGCAUAAUAAACCUUGACUAUCUGGUUUCAGAGACUAAAUGAGGGAAUUCUUUUUCUGUUUUGCAGAGAGGAGUGGGAUGAACUGAAUGUAUUGUUGGUUGGAUUUGGUCAACAGACAUGUCUUCCUGUAAGUCCAAUGUGCGAGUUCUGUCUUAACUCCAAGAUCUGUCCUGAAGGUCGAAGGAGGACCAAAGGAAAACUUGAGAAGGAAACUAAGAAGAAACUUUCACCCAGAAAGGAUAGAAAGGAAACUAAGACUUAAGGAAAAAUUAAGUUUUACUUUAACUUAGGCUGUCCUUGUCUUUAGCCUUGGGCCACAUUGUUCAAAGCUGGGUUAAGAUAACCUUUUGGUUAGUGUGAAUUCAUUAAUCAGAUCUGAAAAAGAAAAUUCAUUUCAAUUUGUUUUGUCUAAGAUUUGAUGAUUGGAUGCCUGUUAGAGAAUAGAGAAAAUUAUCCUAAAAAGGCUUUUUAACAAAGCAGUAAGGAAACCUGGAUUAAAAUUUAACCCUGGGUUGGCACUUAUCAGCCUUCCAACAAUUGAGCCCAGGUUAGCGCUGGCCCUCAAACCAUGUCACAAGACUGGUUCCAACUGUGUAAAAUAAAUGUACAGGUUCAUGAUACAAUGGAUAAAAGGGGAGAUGGAAGCAAAAUCGAAGACUGUAAGACCUAGAUAACAAGAUGUUUUUUUUGUGAAAUAUUUUGUAAUAAGUGGCACCCCUUCCUUUGAAGGGAGAGAUCUGCCAUUGAAUUUGCUUUUAGAAAUUAGUUUAUACUUAAACAGUGAAUUGCAAUG